CCGGCAUCCUUGAGCCUGUUCCAGCCUCCGUCUUCUCCUCCCCUCCCUUCUCUCUGCGUGGAAGCGAGCCCUCGAGCUUUCUGGCUGCUGUAACUCAGCAGCUAUGCCCAGGACUCCCCUCCCCUCCGCGUCCUGGGUGCAGCUGCCAAAGAGGCUGCCCAGCCGAGGGAAGCCUUUGUGAUUUGGGGAGGGGGGGUCUCUGCAGCAACGCUCCCCGCUGCCACCAGCUCCUCCUGCCGGCACGCCGCCUUCGCGCCUCUUCUCCUCUAGGGGGCCCCCCUCCCUCCCGCGCUGGCCGCCCCUCGAAGCAACGCCCCGAGGGGAGGCGGGCGAGCGAGGGAUAAAAAGCGCGGCGCUGGAGCAGCGCGGAACUCUGCGCGCCCUUCCAGCGCUCCAGUUAGAGACCCUCGCAGCCGCGCGCCCCAGUUCCACUGCCUCGGAUCGGAGCGUCCCCCCCCCCACAACCUAGGGGAAAGGGGAGCAUCUAAAGUGUGGUGAGCUCGGGUCCUUUGCAAAGGGGAGCUCCGGAGUCACCUGGCGCCCAAAGGAGUUCUCUUUUGUCCCGUCGGACCCUGAUGCUUUUGGGAAUGAGCACCUGUGGCAGAAAGGCCCUGACUCUGCUUAGCAGCGUGUUUGCCGUGUGCGGAUUGGGACUCCUGGGGAUUGCUGUGAGCACAGACUACUGGCUGUACCUGGAGGAAGGGAUUAUCCUGCCCCAAAACCAGAGUGCUGAAAUCAAGAUGUCUCUGCACUCUGGGCUCUGGAGGGUUUGCUUUUUGGCAGGUGAAGAACGUGGGAGGUGCUUCACGAUAGAAUAUGUCAUGCCAAUGAAUGUCCAGCUGACAUCUGAAUCAACAGUCAAUGUUUUAAAGAUGAUUCGUUCUGCCACCCCAUUUCCCUUGGUCAGCCUAUUCUUCAUGUUUAUCGGGUUCAUUCUCAGCAACAUAGGGCAUAUUCGACCUCACAGAACCAUCCUGGCCUUCGUAUCUGGGAUCUUCUUCAUUCUGUCUGGUUUAUCUCUGGUUGUGGGGCUCGUUCUGUACAUUUCCAGCAUCAACGAUGAGAUGCUCAACAGAACCAAGGACUCCGAGACUUACUUCACUUAUAGAUAUGGAUGGUCGUUUGCUUUUUCUGCCAUCUCUUUUCUCCUGACAGAGAGCGCAGGUGUCAUGUCUGUCUACCUGUUCAUGAAGAGAUAUACCGCAGAGGAGAUGUACAGGCCUCAUCCUGGCUUCUACCGCCCACGGCUUAGCAACUGCUCCGACUACUCUGGCCAGUUCCUCCACCCGGAUGCCUGGGUUCGUGGACGCAGCCCUUCCGACAUCUCCAGCGAUGCAUCUCUCCAGAUGAACAGUAGUUACCCUGCUCUACUGAAAUGUCCAGAUUAUGACCAGAUGUCGUCCUCUCCAUGUUGAAUCGAAAGUAACUCCUUCGCCUUUUAGGAAUGAAAACCUGGUGGAGGCUGUUGUGUCCUCAGUAUGUACUUUUUAAAAAAUAAAUAAAAAGCCCACUCUUACAGGACAAUCCCUCUCCAUUUAUACAAUUAGUGAAUAAUAUUAAUUCUUACCUAGAGUUUAAACGGGUUCCCGCAGCGAUGCACAUAUGCAUAUCCAGAAAACUACAGUGGAGAUUUUGAUCCUGCAGCUAGUCCAUAUGCCCAGAUCUCUUGGAGUCACGAGAUAGUGUGGAAAAGAUACAGGAUCGUACCCAGCGGAAGCUUGAGACCAGAAAGAUACUUGUAGGGUUUUCGUAAUGGCAACCUGUGAUAAGCAACAAAAGUUUGCGGAUUAGAAUAUGUUCAUUGUAAAACAUUACCAGAAUAAGAUGUAAAUGUCCAUUCCUAGUGAAUGAUCGUAAGAAAACUGCAGAUUGGUGCCAUUGUCUUCAAGCUGGAAGGUAGAAUUUUAGAAUUAACUAAAAGUACUUCCCCUUGGCAGUAUUUCAUUAUGAAUUGAGGUUGGGGUUUUCAUUAGGAACCAGACAAUUAGCCCUCACCAAUUAUCCCUUUCCAUUCCGGUGAGGCUAGUCCUCAAUCCAAUUUGAUAACUUCAUGACAAACCCUCUGACAUUGCAAUUCAACACGUUGAAAUAAGGUGCCUGGUGCUCUGCACAUGUAAACAUAAUCUAUUCUUCUGAUAUCAGACUGAAAAUAUAGGCUCUGAAGUAAUAAAGGAUCCAAAUAUAAUUUGGCACUUAAUACGUGGUCUUAGAGCUGAGUGAAUAGGGGAUAUGAUAAUUUAUGCCCUGCAAAAACCAAGCCCAAAGGCUUCAUUCCAGCAAUCAGCUUUAGUUUAUUUUGCUAUUUUCCUUUAUUUGGGAAACCCACUGCAAUGGAAGCGCUUGUAUGAUAACUGGCGCCUCAGGGGAUUGAUUGGGUCAUGUUGGCAUUCAGCUCUGCCUGUAAAUAAAGUAUACAGAAAAGAAAAGUUCAUAUCUGUAUGUUGUACCAUGUGUAUAUUAUGGCUAGAUUGUUCAGAGAACUGCAGUCAAAUGUACAGAAUACAGUAAGCUGAUUUGCUGCUCUGAAAAACGUAAGUGUACAAAAUUCUAUGUACAUGCCAGUUUUUGUUUCCACUCUGAAGUUAUCCUGAGUUGUAAUCAAAAAGAAUCCAGACUUUCAGUCUGUUUGCAACAUAUUUGUAAAAAUUAAUUAUGGUAAAAAAUAAAAUAAUGACAAAGAUUCCGAAAACACUCAAGCCGUUGCA